CGUUCGCCCAGCAUUUGGCACAAGAAGCGCUCAGUGGUAGCUAACGCUGUGAUCCUCUCAGCCCUUCAUUCAUUUCUUGUUCCUUCCUCAAUUCUUUAAUAAAUCCACUGUACUCGUGGCCCUUCAUUCCAACUAGGAAUAAACUCAAAAGAAACAUCAAAGUGUAGCAUACCAACACCCCAACUGUUAAAGAAAGAAACUUCCAAAAGCAGGCAACGUCAUGACGCAAGCCCCACCCCGGAAGAGGGUCUAGACGCGUAAAUAAGACGUAGACAGGCCCCGCACCGGCCUCGGGGCUUGACGGGAUCGUGGCGGUCUUCUCUCCCAACUCGGAAGCUACCGCUGCCUCCCGACGCUCCCAAGAUGGCGACCUCUCUAGGUUCCAACACCUACAACAGGCAGAACUGGGAGGAUGCGGACUUCCCCAUUCUGUGCCAGACGUGUCUUGGAGAAAACCCAUAUAUCCGAAUGACCAAAGAAAAAUAUGGGAAAGAGUGCAAGAUCUGUGCCAGGCCAUUCACAGUGUUUCGCUGGUGCCCAGGAGUCCGAAUGCGUUUCAAGAAGACUGAAGUGUGCCAAACCUGCAGUAAAUUGAAGAAUGUCUGUCAGACCUGCCUCUUAGACCUAGAGUAUGGCCUGCCCAUCCAGGUUCGAGACGCAGGAUUGUCUUUUAAAGAUGACAUGCCAAAGUCAGAUGUCAACAAAGAGUACUAUACACAAAACAUGGAGAGAGAGAUUUCUAACUCUGAUGGAACUCGGCCGGUUGGCAUGCUGGGGAAAGCCACAUCUACCAGUGACAUGCUGCUCAAACUGGCCCGGACCACACCCUACUACAAAAGGAAUCGGCCACACAUUUGCUCCUUCUGGGUAAAAGGAGAGUGCAAGAGAGGAGAGGAGUGUCCAUACAGACAUGAGAAGCCUACAGAUCCAGAUGACCCACUUGCUGAUCAGAAUAUUAAAGAUCGAUAUUAUGGAAUCAAUGACCCUGUAGCUGAUAAGCUUCUAAAGCGGGCUUCAACCAUGCCUCGUCUGGACCCACCAGAGGAUAAAACUAUUACCACACUAUAUGUUGGUGGCCUGGGUGAUACCAUUACUGAGACAGAUUUAAGAAACCAUUUUUACCAGUUUGGAGAGAUCCGGACAAUCACUGUUGUGCAGAGACAGCAGUGUGCUUUCAUCCAGUUUGCCACGAGGCAGGCUGCAGAAGUGGCUGCUGAGAAGUCCUUUAAUAAGUUGAUUGUCAAUGGCCGCAGACUCAACGUGAAAUGGGGAAGGUCCCAAGCAGCUAGAGGAAAAGAAAAGGAGAAGGAUGGAACUACAGACUCUGGGAUCAAGCUAGAGCCCGUUCCAGGAUUGCCAGGAGCUCUUCCUCCUCCUCCUGCAGCAGAAGAAGAAGCCUCUGCCAAUUACUUCAACUUACCCCCAAGUGGCCCUCCAGCUGUGGUGAACAUUGCCCUGCCACCACCGCCUGGUAUUGCCCCGCCACCCCCCCCAGGUUUUGGACCACACAUGUUCCACCCAAUGGGACCACCCCCUCCUUUCAUGAGGGCUCCAGGACCAAUCCACUAUCCUUCUCAGGACCCUCAGAGGAUGGGAGCUCAUGCUGGAAAACACAGCAGCCCCUAGCACAUUAUCACCACUGUGAAGCUCUAUGGAAGAAAGGGCACUUAAAAAUCCCAGUAAAUCUUGGAAUAAAUAUAUUUUUCCUUCCCUGUAGUUUCCAUGGUAGCUGAAUGUGUUCAGAUGUGGGCAGUCAGAGACAACAGCCAUGCUUUCCUACACAUAUCGAAAGGAUCAACGGACCUCAAAUAAGCUGCCGUUAGCACAUCUGAUUACUUAUAACAUGACUAAUACAGCCUAAUGCCUGCUCCCCUUACCUGUGUGGGGGACAAGCGGAUGAGUGAAUUGGAAUGUCCAAUGGAGUUGCCAUCCCAAUUAUAUGUUCAUUUUGUACCUUUUGGGGGGAGAAAAAUUGAUCUGCGGUAAAAUUUGACCAUUUUUAUGUCCAUUGGGUAUUUUUGUUUUUAUCACCUAAAAAAAAGAUUACUAGUACUAAUCAUUGUAGUGGCCUAAGUGUGAUUAAUUAUUCUGAAGUCACACCCUCAGAAAGACAAGGAGAAACCAGCACCAGCAGAGCCCGGAUCUUUUCUUUCCUGUCCUUUUCCUCAGUUAAUAAUAAGGAAUCUGAUAAGUUUACUUCUGCAUGCCAGCAAAACAGAAGACAAAAUUUUUUAUUCCUGCUAAUUGGAUGGAAACACAAAUUUCAUGGAGCUGUGUUAUCACUGAAGAAAGCUGGUGUCUGGGAUGAAAUUAAAGAACUUCCUGUAAAACACUUUCUUUAACAAACUGAGAUGAAAAGUAUUGGAGUGUUUGAACGGAAGACUUAUGACCUACAGCUGCGCCUCUGAUCUUCAGCAUUCACCUUCGUGUGUCUUCAGCGUCUCAUUGUAAUUCUCUGCUUCUGUUUGGUCUUAGAACGUUUGGAUAUAACUGAAUUGUAGACGGUAAAGGAAACUGAUGUUGUGUUGUGUUUUUUGUUUUUAAAUAAUUAAAACGGGUCAAUUUU